AUGGAAGGCCUAAUCCCGUUCAUCUACAGGGCCAUCGUGCAGUACAAGAAGGAAGGACAGGUAUCCGUGGGCGACCUCUUCUUCGACGAGCCCUCGCCGACGUCCUACUUCCAUCUCCCGGGUGACUCCGGCCGGUACCAACAGGUGACGACGACGAGCGAUCUGUUCUCCCAGACUACUACGGCCAGCUCCGGUGCGGUCGGCGUGGCACGACGCUCUCCGGUGAGGUGCCCGUCGCACCGCCGGCGUCCAUCGUCCCCACAACCGUGA